UCUUAUUUCUUAUAAAAAUCCCAAACCACCCCUCGAACUUUUCUGCAGUUUCAUUCAUCAAAUUAGGGUUUCAAAUAAAUUCAAUUUCACCCCAAUCCAAUCCAAUCCAAUCAAAACACUAAAUUAGGUUUUACAUACAUAAUAAUAAUGAAGAAGAAGUCAUAAUAAUAACAAUAAUGAACAGCAGUGAUCCAGAUCCUUCUAUAAUUCCACCUGGCACUAUUCCCGCCAUUACUGAUGCCACAUCAUCACCACCAUCAUCAAAUCAAAGCUACAAUUGCCAUGGAUUAUGGUACACCGCAGUCCUAUCAAUCCCGGCGAUAUUAUUUGUAGUUUAUUUAGGGUUUCAUCUAAAAAAAAAUAUCAAAAAGCUUCGAAAUCGUCGCUCACAUGUUAUGAUCACUUAUUAUGUCCUCCUUUGGUUCUCCGCCACUCUUAAUCUCGCUUGGUCUUCUCUUCAGGUAUGGCAGUGUAUUCCUGGGAAAGACUUAUCUUGGAACUUGUUGUCAUUGCUCACUGCGUUGGCAACACUAUGUCUAGAGAUUAGCUUGGUGGCCUUUUUACUUCAGGAGAGUUAUGCCAGUGGGUUGGAAGCAUUAGCUCACACCUUCAUUAUUUCAGGGCUCAUUGUUGGAGCAGAUAUACUUCUAAAGGCUAUUUGUGUGUUUGGAUUCCAUGUCCCACUUUUUAUGGAUGGUGCAACCACCCAUCGUGGGAAGUGGGGCUUGUGGACGCUUGACAAACUAUUGCUGACUUGCACUUAUGGCUAUAUUCUUUUUGUUCAUUAUUCAAAGUGGAGAGAUAAGCUACCUCCUCGACCAGCAUUCUACAACUAUGUUGUUGCCAUGUUCGUGGUCUCUGCAAUUGCAUUAUUUGGGUGUGGGCUUGCUGCUGUUGGUGUGGGGUUUGGACUUUGGCUAUAUAAGUUCAUCGUUAUCUGUUACCACACUCUUUAUCUUCCCUUUGUGUAUGUAACUUUCCUUGCAGAUUUUUUCCAGGAGGAAGACUUGCUUUUGGAUAAUGCUUACUACUCUGAAAUGAAGGAUGCUGGAUUUUUCGAUUCUGAUUUGGAAUAAGUGGAGUGUUGUCUCUUUGCUUUGUAGAUAAGGUGAUGAAUAUUGACAAAGCACACGGUAUAUCAGCUGAUCUUUUUGACUUUUUGUCGUUCCAGUUUAUCCUGUAAAGCUUUCUUGCUUAUUUGCCACAAGCUUUGCUUUUAGUAAAACAUUGACUUUUGUUACUGCUUCAGUUGACAGUGAUGUUAGUGCAUCUAACAUUGUGUGAACUGUUAGAACCUUGUGUUUGCUGAGUGUUGUAAUGUUUGAACUGUGUAACCGAAAUUAAACUGCGUCUAUAGAUUCAAUACACGACUAGUUCAGAGACAUUUUGAAA